GCGACCCCAUGGACCACAGUCUACUAGGCUCCUCCAUCCAUGGGAUUUUCCAGAUGUGUGUCUACCUUUAUUCAAAUCUCUUAAUUUACCUCACCUGUAUCCAGAGAUGGAGGGCUUCUGCAGAGGGCAAGAGGCACUUCAGCAACAUUGUGGGGUCACACUGCCUGCCACAUCCUCCCAGAACCCUGAGCCCCACAACAAUCCAGGCUUGGGACCCAAGCCUGCCCAGUCUCCAGAGAUGUGACACCAGCCAAGAUGGUGGGAAGUAUGAAUUACUCUGCAAGCAUGGGAGUAACAGAAGGAAGAGCCCCAGUCCACAGAGGAAUGCAAGAAUGAUAUCAAUCAGCCAGGAAGUCGAGCUGGAUCUCAGCAAGAGGAUGAACAAUCAAUACAUUCGUCGGGAAGUCUUCUGCUGUGAAACCUGUCAUGAGCUCAAAAGCUUCUGGGAGAAGGAAAUUAGCAAACAGACCUGUUACCGGGAACUGGAGGAAGAUCGUCAGGGAAGGAGUGCCCUGAGAAAGCUCAGAGAAGAAUGGAAGCAGAGACUGGAGAAGAGGCUGAGGAUGUUGGACAAUCCUGAUGGAAAGGAAAAGCAGGAAAACACUGUGGGCUGAGAGCUUCCGGCUUCAUCCACUUCAAAGAUAAUAAACCACCAAGGGCACUUUUCUAGGAGAAAAACUAACACCCAAGUUAUGUUGACUUACUCAGCAGGACACUCUUUAUUUGCUCUCCCAUUUGUGAAGGGAUUUACAUGUGAAACCUCCCCUAGUGCUAAUGGGACUCUUUAUCCAUCUCAAUCCUCCCUGUCACAGAGGACAGGAUGACCGCCAAUGGGAUAUGAAGCUUGGGGUAUCUAAUAUAAAAAUCUCUUGGAAUUAGCACUUCCAAGUUUCAAAGAUCCACGUAAUGUACUUUAUUUCCACAUUUUCUUCUCAUUUUGAAAUCUGAAUAUUUUAUUCAAGCUUACCAGGGGCAAAUACUGUUUGGGAACCUGGCUUCCCUAAGUAUUCUGGAAAAACAGAGUCAUACAAUCUUUUUUCCUGUCCCCACCCCCCCCCCCUUUUUAAAUGAAGACAGAAAUGCUA